CUCUCUCACUCUCUGUCGGUUUUCCGUUUAUUUUGCCCCCGAUAUUCGAGCCGCUGGGUUCGCACUCAUGUCCGCUCUCACCAGGCCCCUGAGCGGCGGUUGAGCCACAGCGGGAAGAACCGGAGUCAAGGCCGGCGGGAAACUUCGACAGCGGCCCCGACGGUGACCGUGAUAAAGAUCUACAAGGUACCGAUAGCUCUGGAUGCCUGAGUGGCGUUGAUGUUCGAAGGCGAAUCCCCAUCAAGUUAAUCUCCAAACAGUCUAACCGAAAUAGAAUCUCAUCUCGUGGUCAGAGGAAUAUGAGCAGAAAUGCUUCAAAGUCACUAGCUACAGAUGAAGAAGGAUUUGACUAUAAUGAAGAUGAGAACUAUGAAUGCAAAGGCGGAGAGGUGUUUGGAAGCCAGCGCCGAUUUCCCCUGCAGUUUUUCUGGGAUUUUAAGAUAAAUUUGUUGGGUGAGAAAGAUGACACUCCCAUUCAUUUCUGUGAUAAAUGUGGAUUGCCAAUCAAGAUAUAUGGCCGCAUGAUUCCAUGCAAACAUGUGUUUUGUUUCAACUGUGCAAGUUUGCAAGAGAAAAAAAGUGACAAGAUUUGUCCUGGGUGUAGUGACCCAGUUCAGCGCAUUGAGCAGUGCUUGCGAGGCUCACUCUUCAUGUGUAGCAUUGUCCAAGGCUGCAAACGGACCUACCUUUCUCAGAGAGACUUGCAGGCUCACAUCAACCACCGGCACAUGAGAACUGGUAAGGCUGUCAUUAGGUCACAGCCAGAACCAAUCCAUCCUGCAAUGGCACCUCCAGCAGAAAUUGCUGAGCGUUUUCUGAUGCCACAAGACAAGCACCAUAUUUCGCAUCUGCCUCCUAAGCAACAUGCCAUCUUGAUGCCACCACCCCCUCUACAGCAUGUGUCACACGAUCACUACAGCCAGACACAUGAGGAUAUUCGUCCACCGCCCUCUGAGAUGUCUCUUCCUCCACCACCGAGGUCGGUGAGUCAAGAAACCUUUCGAAUUUCAACGGUGACAACAAGGAAACACAGCAACCUGAUCACCGUUCCUAUUCAGGAUGACUCUUCAAGUACAGGCAGUCGCGAACCCCCAACUGCUGCACCUCAUCAUCAUCCUGAAUACCAGAACAAUCCAGUGGUAUCUCACCCACACCAUAUGCUGCCUCCACAACAGCACUAUGCUCCACCUCCUCCCCCACCCCCACCAAUAAACCACCCCAUGCAGCACCCAGCACAGGCAGCUGGCAACCCUCAUAUGGUGUACAACCAGGCUCCGCCUCCACCUCUGUCAGCAGCUCCACCACCAAUCAACCCACCGCCAGGACACAUCUUGGCUCAAAUGCCACCAUAUAUGAACCAUCCUCCCCAUGGGCCACCCCCUCCACAGCACACUGGUCCUCCUGUCAACACCCCUCCACCUCCCCACCAUUACUCUGCCUCCUCAAUGCCGCAGUAUACAGAAGACCAAGGAACUCUUAGUCCUCCAUUUACUCAGCCUGGAGGGCAUAGUCCAGGUAUUGGAGUUUGGCCUGCUCCCAGAGGCCCCCCUCCACCGAGGAUUCAAGUCCCACCUCCACAGGCUCCACUGCCUGGGCCACAUCACCCUGAUCAGACACGAUAUAGGCCAUAUUAUCAGUAAGUUGCAGGAUGGAUUGUAUGGAAGUACUUUAUAGUCCCAUGGUGUGGUGUUGCUUCUUCAGAUGCAAAAUUCUUUACUUUUUGGAGGGAGCCUGCUGAAAGGGAUUGCAGUGAUUUAAAGGUUAAUUGGGAUGGUUUUGAUGCAAUAAAUUAUUAAUACAGCUCAAACGGUUUGUGUAUCAACAAAAUUUGGAGUUUUCACACACAUUUGCUAAUUACAUCUUUUAUGAAAGUGAGAAAAACUAGUCUGUAAUGUGUAUUGUGCAAUUUGCUCCUUGUGUGAGGAAAAUCUCAGUGAGUAUCAGAGGCAAUCCUGUGAAGAUUCUGCUGGGACUAAGAGUUAACUUAGUUAAGUGCUCUCAAGGCUGAGAAACCAGUGACCACGACUGUUUUUACCAUAUGGAGAGCAUGUAGUUACAACAUAUUAUAUUAUAAUACAUAUCUUACUGACCUUUCUUUGACUCAUUUGUACUUAACACUGUGAUUAACAUUUACAAAAUGUUCUGUAAAUAAAUCCACAAGUGUAAGCAAUUCAAUGUUGCAAAUUUAUGUUCACCUUGCUGUAAACCCUUAAAAGUUGAUAACGGUAGGGAUGCUGUAAGAUGAGCGCCAUGUAAUAAGAGAGCAGGUAUUCUUUUUGUUUAUUUCUGUUUGAAAUAUAUAACCUACAUGCAUUAGAAUAUUAGUGAUUGUUGGCUUUUCAGGGUUUUGCAUUCUCUGUAUUGUGUAAAAUUGUGGCCUAAGGCAAUGAUUUGUUCGCUGCCUCCCCCACCCCCACCAGCUUCUUUCAAUGUUGAAAUUUUUUUUUAAUUUACAAGAAAAGGAUAGAAUAAACUUCAGAACAAGGUUAAUGGUGAUUCUUUUAUUUUGUAUUCUUUUCAAAUAAAAGUGUUGUGUAUGAAAUGA